ACGCACCGAAGCCCCAGCAGCCAAUCGGGAGGCGUGGAGCGGGUUCAAAUAAAGAAGGCGGGUGAAGAUGGCGUCACCUCUUGGGUCUGGGAGGUGAUCGACCCCGUAUUCUGUGGUGAAAAUGUGGCGGGUGAAAAAACUGAACCUUAGCCUGUCGCCUUCGCCCCAGUCGGGAAAACCAGCUAUGAGAACUCCUCUCCGAGAACUUACCCUGCAGCCUGGUGCCCUCACCAACUCUGGAAAAGGGCCCCCCGGAUGCUACUCGCCGACUUCAUCACUGUGCAAGCUGGGACUGCAGGAAGGCAACAACAAUGCAUCACCAGUGGAUUUUGUCAAUGCCAAGAGGACAGAUUCCUCUUCAGAACAGUUCAGCCAUCCCUCAAAGUGGCUAGAAGCUUGUCAGCAUGAAUCAGAUGAGCGGCUCAUAGAUCUGAAUCCCCAAACCAACUCUACUCCCAAAACAUCUGAGGAAGCAGUAGACCCACUGGACAACAAUGUGGUUAAAACCAUGGUCCUCGUAUCCUCUCCAGUGGGGCAACAGCAAGUUACCCUUGAGGCUCAUUUAGAUUCCAUGACAGAGACAAACAGCUUCUCUCCAGAUGAGUCUUUGAGGCCAGGAGAUCUGCUAAGAGAGGGGGUGGCAGCCUGCAUAGAAGACAGCUUUUCAGAAGUUGUUCCUGCUACGUCUGAGAAAUGUACAUUUCAGCGUCCUCCAUCCCAUGUCUUGGAGUAUCUGCCAGAUCCCUGUUCUGGGCAACAGCCACACUGCUCCAAAGAAAGCCUCAGGGAUGAUGGGACUGAGGCUGUGCCUGAGGACUUAGUCCCUUCGGAAAGAAAUACCUUCUUGCCUUCCUCCAUGCUCUGGCUCUCCCCUUCAACUGCCUUAGCAGCAGAUUUCCCUGGCACUCAUGUGGACCCAGGGGAGGAAAUUGUAGAACACAGAGCUGUAGAGGAAAGAGAACUGAGCUUUCCCACACUCCCUGAGGAGGCUGAAUUAGGAGAACAAGCACUUGUCUCAAAUAUGGAAGAUAUUCCAUCCACAUGCCUGACCCCAAAUCCAGGAGAAAUGGAAUCCCAGGCUGCUCCAAGCCCAGCAGUAAAAGAUGCUGGUAGGAUUCUUGUCUCUGAUACAGGGCCGUGGAUGUCCCCACUGGCUUGGCUGGAAAAAGGUGUGAAUACCUCGGUCAUGCUGGAAAAUCUCCGCCAGAGCUUAUCCCUCCCCUCUGUGCUUCGGGACGCAGCGAUUGGCACUACCCCUUACCCUACUUGCUCGGUGGGGACUUGGUUUACUCCCCCGGCAGCGCAGGAAAAAAGUACAAACACCUCCCAGACAGGCCCAGUGGACAUCAAGGAUGGUACUUCUGAGACAGAGCACCUCCUAUGGGGCAGCCAUCCUCCAGAUCUGACUGCCUUAUCUCGACAUGACCUGGAAGAUAACCUGCUGAACUCUCUUGUCAUUCUGGAGGUUCUCUCCCACCAGCUGCGGGACUGGAAGAGACAGCUGACUGUCCCUCACUCAGAAGUUCAGGACAGUAGCACACAGACUGACACCUCUCCCAGUGGGAUAAGUAAGAAACCUCAGCAUCUUCAGGAGAGUCAAGAGAUUGGACAGGCUCUGCAGCAGGCCAGGAAUGCCAUGCAGUCAUGGGUGCUGGUUUCCAAAGAGCUGAUAUCCUUGCUUCAUCUGUCUCUGUUGCACUUAGAGGAAGAUAAAACUACCGUGAGUCAGGAGUCUCGGCGUGCAGAAACCUUGGUCUCCUGCUGUUUUGAUGUGUUGAAGAAAGUGAAGGCAAGGCUCCAGAGCCUCAAAGCAGAAAAGGAGGAGGCGAAACACAAAGAGGAAAUGGCCGUCAGAGGCAAGGAUGCGGCAGAGACUGUGCUAGAGGCUUUCUGUGCACGUGCCAGCCAGCGCAUCAGCCAGCUGGAACAGGACAUGGCUUCCUUGGGGGAAUUCAGAGGCCUUUUGAAGGACACCCAGACCCAGCUGGUAGGGCUUCAUACUGAGCAAGAAGAGUUGGGUCAGCAGACAGCGAGUCUUACAUCAAACUUACAACAGGACUGGAUAUCCAUGCAGUUGGAUUAUAAAACAUGGACAGCUUUGCUGAGCCGAUCUCGAAAACUCACAGAGAAACUCACAGCCAAGAGCCGGCAGAUCCUGCAGGAACGUGAUGCUGCAGUUGAGGAAAAACAGCAGGUUUCCAGGGAGCUGGAACAAGUCUCUACCCAUUUAGAGGAGUGCAAAGCCCAAAUAGAACAACUGGAAUUGGAAAACAGUCGCCUAGCAACAGAUCUCCGGGCUCAGCUGCAGAUUCUGGCCAGUGUGGAGAGUCAGCUAAAAGAGCUACAGAGUCAGCAUGCCCAUUGUACCCAGGACCUGGCCGUGAAGGAUGAGUUGGUCUGCAAGCUUACCCAGAGCAAUGAGGAGCAGGCUACUCAAUGGCAAAAGGAAGAGGUGGCACUAAAACACAUGCAGGCAGAGCUGCAGCAACAACAAGCUGUCCUGACCAAGGAGGUGCAGGACCUGAAGGAGACGCUGGAGUUUGCAGACCAAGAGAAUCAGGUUGCUCACCUAGAGCUGGGCCAGGUUGAGUGUCAGUUGAAAACCACACUGGAAGUGCUCCGGGAGCGCAGCCUGCAGUGUGAGGGCCUCAAGGACACUGUAGAGAACCUGAAGGCUAAACUGGCUAGUACCGUAGCAGAGAACCAGGAACAAAACCUGGAGAAGACACGUCAGUAUUCCCAAGAGCUAGGGGUGCUGACUGAGCGACUCCAGAGACUGACUCUCUUCUUACAGGCAAAACUAAAGGAGAAGGCUGAAGCAGAGACCCUCCCAGUAAGCACAGCCUGUGCUCCUACCCAGGAAUACCCUCCACCUGCUGACAGUGCCUUCUUGGGAAACAUCUUGACAGCAAUGGCAGAUGAAGAGCCAGAAGCAGCUCCUGUGCCCUUGCUUGGAAGUGACAAGAGCGCUUUCACCAGAGUAGCUUCAAUGGUUUCCCUUCAGCCUACAGAGACCCCAGGCAUGGAGAAGAGCCUGGCAAAAAUGGGUACAAUGACUCUGGAGCUGCAAAGCCUGUGUUCUCUGCUGCAAGAGUCUAAAGAAGAAGCCAUCAGGACUCUGCAGCGAAGGAUUUGUGAUCUGCAGGCUAGGCUACAGGCCCAGGAAGAACAACAUCAGGAAGCCCAGAAGGCAAAGGAAGCAGAUAUAGAGAAGCUGAACCAGGCCCUGUGUUUGCGCUACAAGAAUGAAAAGGAGCUCCAGGAAGUGAUAAAACAGCAGAACGAGAAGAUCCUAGAGCAGAUAGACAAGAGUGGCGAGCUCAUAAGCCUUAGAGAGGAGGUCACCCAGCUCACCCGCUCACUUCGGCGUGCGGAGACAGAGACUAAGGUGCUACAAGAGACCUUAGCAGGUCAGCUGAAUCCCGACUGUCAGCCUAUGGCCACUAACUGGAUCCAGGAGAAAGUGUGGCUCUCCCAAGAGGUGGACAAGCUAAGGGUGAUGUUCCUGGAGAUGAAAAAUGAGAAGGCAAAACUCAUGGUCAAGUUCCAGAGCCAUAGAAACAUCCUGGAGGAGAAUCUUCGGCGCUCUGACAAGGAAUUAAAGAAACUAGAUGACAUCGUUCAGCAUAUUUAUGAGACUCUGCUAUCCAUCCCAGAGGUUGUGAGGGGUUGCAAGGAGCUACAGGGAUUGCUGGAAUUUCUGAGCUAAGAAACUGAAAGCUCGAAUCCGUUUCACCCCUUUUUACUUACUAUACUCCCUUACCCCAACAUCAGGACCAACCGGCAUAGAGCUAGCUAUGUUUAAUGCUAUUUAAAUAAAGUAUAUUUAAUGUA